AUGGCGACCAAAUCUGGAAUACCGUCGUGGCAGCGCGCAACAUCCUCACAAUCCUCACCGACCGGCGUAGAAUCAACGUCCAAGCCCGAACAGAGCCAGCCAGAAAAGCAGUCAACAUCGCCCCCGACCACCGGAACGGAAAACGCUUCCCAAACGGAUGCUCAGCCAGAUAACCAAACUUUACUAAAACAAGCAUCCCGCUUCUUGGAAGACCCAGCGAUUCGAGAUGCCCCUCGAGAGAAGAAGGUCGCAUUCCUGGAAUCCAGGGGAGUAAAAGCGGACGACAUAGAAACUCUCCUGGCACCAGCAAAGACUGAAAAUAAGGAAGAAAGUCCCGAAGGUGCAAAAGAGGGUUCAAAGACUUCACAAACCUCGGCGAAACCGAAACCUGACGCUCCGAAACCUCGCGACAUCCCUCCAAUUGUCACAUACCCCGAGUUCCUUGCUCAACCCGCCAAGCCACCGCCUCUCAUUACUACCGAACGCCUUCUCAACACUGCAUAUAUAACCGGAGGACUAAUGGCCACCAUGUAUGGUCUCUCGAAAUACAUAAUAGCGCCGAUGGCACAAACUUUGGCGGAAGCACGGCAUGACUUCGCUUCUCACACCAAGGAGAAACUGGACGACUUGAACUCAAAACUGCGCGACGUAGUUACAGUAGACCCCGCAACGAAGCCCAAGUCUUCCAUUGAAAUCGUGGACGACAUGUCUGAAACCGACUCCGACCCCACCGAGCUCUUCCACCGCGACGUUGGCACCCAGACUACUCCUACCCUAUCUCGACGGCCGUCGAGAGUGGAAUCGCCGGAAGAUGAUACCAGCACGGUCGUCUCGCAGGAACGGCGGUUAAAGAUCCUGAAAUCACAUUUGGAGGAGAUUGAGGAUGCGCGGAAAAGGAACACAACAUCCUCUGAUGCACUCAGGACAAAGCUGUCCGACUUGUCAAGCUAUCUUACCGAGAUGAGCUAUCAGAACCAGUACUACUCAGGAAUGGGUGGGCUAUAUGGAGGAACAUACGGGCUUCCCAGGAUGAAGGAUGGGAAGGAGGAUCAGGUCGAAGUGUUGAAAGCAGAUAUUAGAGCAGUAAAGGGGGUUUUGCUGAGCGCGAGGAUGUUCCCUCCUGCAGGACUGAGACCGGCAGGCAGAUUGGGGAGCUACGCCUGUGUUAUUAUUCGGAGGUUGGGCUCUUAUCCAAUGGCUUCGAGCUUAACUUCACAUCUCCCCUUCGGCGCCUCUCAAUCAUCGCCCCAUUCCUCCAAAGAUGAUGAAACAUCUCUCACAACACUGCUAUCUGCAGACCAAUGCGCUGAUCUAACCUUUCUGAUCGCGACUGUGAUUGCGACGAUGCGGAAAUCUCUGCUUGAUACAUUCACCGCAGAAGAACUCCCCAGUCCCGAGAGUGCAGCUAGGUCCGAGGAAGAAGCAUUAGGGGCCGCACCCAGCAAUGCAGCAGAAGCAGACGUCGAGAAGGAGGAGAAACUGAGGAAAGAGAGGGAAGAACGAGAAGAAGAUGCUCGGAGAGAACUAGCGAGACCGGAAGUCCAGGAACUAAAGAGAGAGAUGUUGAAGUACUUCGACGAAUGGCGCGGAAGCGUCAUCAGACGCAUAGGCGAAGUAGUGAAUAAGCGCGAAGAAGCGACAGAGCAGAGUAGGGCUGUUUCAGAAAAGAAGGUGGAGGAGGCAGCUCAGAGGCAAGAGACGGGGAUGACAAGUCUUUCUGAUGUGGAGGGGAAGAAGGAGACUGAGGAUGCGAUGUUCAGCGAGUUGUAUCCUCCGUUUGAGACGGAGUUGGUGCGGUUGGAGGAGAGAAAGAGGGCGCUGAUUUUGCACUCUCUGGUGCUGAUCCUGCUAAGUCUGGAACACUAUUCAGGGCAUUCUCGAAUCCUACUCCUACAGCUGACCAGCUCCCUGCACCUCCGUCUCAGCGUCUUGAAGAAAGACGAAGAAGCCGUUGCCAAAGGGCUCCUCGAAGCUGCCCACCAGCAAAUGAACGCCGAUGCCGAGACCAAGAGGGCCGCCGAAGCUUCCUCAACAGCUCGAAAAUGGAAAGUAGGUCUCGCCUCAGUAGCUGGUGCCGCACUCAUCGGCGUAACUGGAGGUCUUGCCGCUCCAGUACUAGCAGCAGGCGUUGGCACCGUGAUGGGUGGCUUAGGCUUAGGCGCAACCGCAGCAGCAGGCUAUCUCGGCACCCUCGCCAGUUCCUCCGUUCUCGUCGGCGGUCUCUUCGGCGCAUAUGGCGCUCGCAUGACAGGCCGAGCAAUGGACGACUACGCACGGGAAGUCGAAGAUUUUUGCUUCAUCCCCAUCCACCAGCACCAUCGACCUAGGAAAGUCGAGAAAGAGUUCCGUCGCUUAAGGGUCGCCAUUGCGAUAUCAGGAUGGCUGACUUCGAAAGAAGAAGUCGUCUCGCCGUGGCGUUACAUCGACUCGUCCAUCGAAGGCUUCGCGCUACGCUACGAACUCGAAGCCAUGCUCAAACUCGGCAAUUCCAUGGAAACCUUCGUGAAGAGCUAUGCAUGGAACUACACUAAAGGGCAAAUCAUCAAAAGGACCGUCUUCAGAGCCUUAUACGCCGGUCUCUGGCCCCUGUCCCUCCUGAAAGUAGCCUCUGUCCUGGACAACCCUUUCUCCGUAGCAAAGUACCGCGCGGACAAAGCCGGCGAAGUCCUCGCCGAAGCCCUUAUCAAUAAAGUACAAGGCGAGCGGCCGGUCACGCUCGUAGGCUACUCCCUCGGUGCUCGCCUCAUUUUCUCCUGUUUGCAAACGCUAGCGAGACGGAAGGCAUUCGGAUUGGUCGAACACGUAGCACUGCUGGGUGCGCCCGCGCCAUCGGAUGCACUGGAUUGGAGGAGGGUUAGGAGUGUGGUGUCUGGACGUGUGGUUAACGUGUUCUCCACGAACGAUUACAUCCUCGCUUUCCUGUAUCGUACGUCGAGUAUUCAACUUGGGGUUGCCGGGUUGCAGCCAGUGCUUGGGGUGCAUGGUGUGCAGAAUGUGGAUGUUUCUGAGGUGGUUAGUGGACAUUUGCGCUAUCGGUAUCUCACCGGGUCGAUACUGAAGAAAAUCGGCUUUGAAGAUAUUGACCUUGACGAGGUUGAGCGAGAGGAAGGCGAGAUGAGGGUUAUGGAGGAGAUUGAAAAGCAUGAGAGCGAGAGGCAUGAGAAAGGGGUGAAGAGUGAAGAGGAGCAGAAAAAAGAGAUGGAGGAGGAAGUGCGGAGGAAGAAUGAUCGGACUAUUAUGGAGUGGGCGAUGGAGAAGACUAAUAUUGGGGGAAUAUGGGGAGGGAAAGAGGGAGGGAAAGAUGACAACGAGGUAGGGCAGACGGCGACCAAGCAGGAUUGA